CUCAAAUACAGUUAAUCCGUCUAUCUUCGUCAGAUUCAAAUCCGCCCCUUCUCUCUCCUCUCUUUCUCUCUCUAGUAUAUAUUUGCUUCUGCAUUUUUUUUUUCUUUAUUCCCAACUCUCUUAAACCUCCACAAACAUUUUUCUCGUAAUUCUUUGUUUUUUCUAUUUGGCAAUAUUGAGCUCGAUAUAGAAAAAAGGGAAAUCAAUGGAGGGCGGAUAUAAUCCUCGAACUGUUGAAGAAGUUUUUAGGGAUUUUAAGGGUCGAAGAGCUGGAAUUAUCAAAGCCCUUACUACAGAUGUUGAAGAAUUUUACCAGCAGUGCGAUCCUGAGAAAGAGAAUUUGUGCUUGUAUGGAUUUCCUAGUGAGCAAUGGGAGGUGAAUCUGCCGGCUGAAGAAGUGCCCCCCGAGCUCCCUGAGCCAGCUCUGGGCAUCAACUUUGCUAGAGACGGGAUGCAAGAAAAAGACUGGCUAUCACUAGUUGCUGUCCACAGUGAUACUUGGCUGCUUGCUGUUGCCUUCUAUUUUGGUGCUAGAUUUAGAUUCGACAAAGCUGACAGGAAGCGACUAUUCAACAUGAUCAAUGAUCUCCCUACUGUAUAUGAAGUCGUGACUGGUGCAGCCAAGAAACAGCAGAAAGAGAAAUCUUCAGUCUCAAAUCAUAGUAGCAGCAAGUCCAAGUCGAACACUAAGUCGCGAGCAUCCGAAACUCAGGCAAAGAUUCCAAAGCAGGUGCAGGCGAAAGACGAGGAUGAUGACUUGGACGAGCAUGAGGAAGAAGAAAAUGAGGAAGAUGAAGAAGAUGACGAGCAUGGAGACACAUUGUGUGGCGCAUGUGGGGACAACUAUGCAUCAGACGACACAUUCUGGAUUUGUUGUGACAUAUGUGAGAAGUGGUUUCAUGGCAAGUGUGUCAAAAUUACCCCUGCCAGAGCUGAGCACAUCAAGCAAUACAAGUGCCCCUCGUGCAGCACCAACAAAAGGGCACGACCGUAAUUUGGGAGGGUAAGAAAAUGUGAGAAAGAAAACUCGAAACUUAUUUUCGUCCUGGGCAAUUAUUAGGUUAUUGUUUGUUGUUAUUAAGUGCUGCGUACGCUUAAUUAGUGUUGAAACUGUGAAUGGAUGGAUAAUUAUGGUCGGGGUUAGCUGGUCGAAUGAUUUGGUGGUACAGUGGUAUUUGUUUGUUUAGUUGGACUACAUUUUUUUUUUUUCCCAACUUCUGAGUUAUGUUUUGCAUUUUUCUGCAGUUCAUUCUAGUGAUGUGUUGUCUUUGAGUGCAUGCAUUAUAUGGCGAAUAUGCAGCAAUCUGUGUUUCAUGAGGAGAAAUAUCAUCGUUUUUAGGAUGGGGAAAAGAAAAAACUCAUUU